AUGGCAGGGACAGAUCUCAUAACGGCGAAGGAGGUGGUGAAGGAGUCUUUGUUGGGCUCAACGGUUGCAGAGGAUGUUCAACUUUCUGCUCAAUCGACAGCUACCUUUGAAAAGCAUUCGCGGAAGGAUGAGUCUGGGGGUGAGGCUUAUAUGAAUGAGGAAGACUUUGUAAAUGCCAUUGCGCCGGCCGGUGAAGACUAUCAUAAAAUCAAACGAGAACAAUAUGCGAUCCUGUUCCGUGUAGCUGAUCACAGAAAUACUGGUAAAGUCAGUUUACAUGACUGGGGAACAUUCGAAAAUCUUCUUGCCAAACCUGACGCCGAAUAUGAGAUCGCAUUCCGUCUCUUCGAUGUCGAUCGAACCGGCACUGUCAAAUACGAGGAUUUGAAGAAGUUAUAUGAAUUGAACAAGGGACCAAAUACCAUACCAUUCGAUUGGAAUUGCGAAUGGGCUACUUUAUACAGUGGAGGAAAGAAGAGAAGACAUGACUUGACUUAUCCACAAUUCUCGCAGAUGCUUCGAGGUCUGCAAGGAGAGAGGAUACGUCAAGCUUUCCACCACUUUGAUAAAGAUGGAGAUGGAUAUAUUGAGCCAGAAGAUUUUCAACGAAUCAUCCUCGAGACUGCGAAACAUAAGCUCUCGGAUCACCUUCUCGAAAAUCUACACACUCUUUGCAAUAUCUCGACUGGUAGCAAGAUCUCAUACGCAAAUGUUAGAGCUUUCCAGAAUAUGAUUAGAGAGAUGGAUUUGGUGGAGAUGGUCAUCAGACAAGCAACUGCAGAAAGCACUGAUGGAAAGAUUACCAGGACAGAUUUCUUGAACGAAGCUGCCAGAAUUACUAGAUUUUCACUCUUCACUCCUAUGGAAGCUGAUAUCUUAUUCCAUUUUGCCAGUCUUGAUAAUCCUUCUGGAAGGCUCGGAUUAUCUGAUUUUGCAAAGGUCCUCGAUGCAUCAUGGCGCAAUCCCACAUUCAAUGCCUACGAAAAGAUUGGUAGUGGCAAUGGUGUAAAAACGGCCACUGGAAGCAUUCUCCUUAGCGUUCUGGAAUCUGUUCAUCAUUUUGCAUUGGGAAGUUUGGCAGGAGCCUUUGGAGCAUUCAUGGUAUACCCUAUUGAUCUCGUCAAGACUCGUAUGCAAAAUCAAAGAUCUUCAAGAGUCGGAGAAAUGUUAUACAAGAAUUCCUGGGAUUGUGCCAAGAAGGUUGUGCGCAAUGAGGGAUUCAAGGGUUUAUAUUCUGGUGUCUUACCUCAACUUGUCGGCGUUGCUCCGGAAAAGGCUAUCAAGUUGACAGUCAAUGAUCUUGUUCGUGGUCACUUCUCCUCUAAGGAUGGUAGCAUUCUUCUUAAGCAUGAAAUUAUUGCUGGUGGUAUGGCUGGUGGAUGUCAAGUCGUCUUCACCAACCCUCUUGAAAUUGUUAAAAUUCGUCUACAAGUUCAAGGUGAAGUCGCCAAAAGUCUUGAAGGCACUCCUCGCCGUUCAGCAAUGUGGAUCGUCCGUAAUCUAGGUCUUGUCGGUCUUUACAAGGGUGCAUCUGCUUGUCUUCUCCGUGAUGUUCCUUUCUCGGCCAUUUACUUCCCUACAUACAAUCAUUUAAAGCGCGAUUUCUUCGGUGAAAGUCAAACCAAGAAACUUGGUGUCUUGCAUUUGUUAACUGCAGGUGCCAUUGCCGGUAUGCCUGCCGCUUAUUUGACUACUCCUUGUGAUGUCAUCAAAACCAGAUUACAAGUUGAAGCCAGAAAGGGUGAAUCACAAUACACAUCCCUACGCCAUGCCGCGAAGACUAUCUGGAAAGAAGAAGGUUUCAAGGCAUUCUUCAAGGGUGGACCAGCUCGUAUUCUCAGAUCAUCACCUCAAUUCGGUUUCACACUCGCGGCAUAUGAAGUUCUUCAAAACAUUCUUCCAAUGCCUGGUAAAGCAAAGGAUGAGAGAACUCAUGUGGGUGUAGCGGUCGCUGGUGCAUUACCAGGUCAAGAGGGACCACUUAAUUAUUUGAGGAGUAGAAAUGCGUUGAAGAUUAUUUUGGAUUUGGACGAGGAGUUUGGGAGAGUUAAGAUUCCUGGUAAGGAAAAGUGGAUGGGAUUACCUAGGGCGAUGGGUGGAAAUGGAGGUGUUAGUUCUUAG